ACGCACUUCCGGAAGGAGUGUGGCGGCCAGGCGCUCGUUACAGCCACCUCCGGUGGGAGCGAACGUGGGGAGCUGCGAGUUGUAGGGCCACGUGCUCAGAAGCAAAAAGAAAUGGCAAAAAGCCUAAGGAGCAAAUGGAAGAGAAAAAUGCGAGCAGAGAAGAGAAAGAAAAAUGCCCCCAAGGAACUUGCCAGGUUGCAGAGCAUCCUGAAAACCAACAGUGAUGUUGUAAUGGAUGAAGUGAAAGAAGUAGUAACUGUUGUUCCUGCUGAGAAAAUCAUGGAGAAAAACAAUUCAGAUGAUGGAAGUAAGAUGGACACAGAUGUCAAAAGAAAUCAGAAAACUCUUCUAGAUCAGCAUGGACAGUAUCCAGUAUGGAUGAAUCCCAGGCAGAGAAAGAAGCUGAAGGCAAAGCGUGUCAAAGGGAAAAAUAAGUCUAAAGUAUCAAAAGGAUUAACAUGGUAGAGUCUGGUAAAUGUUAAGAAAUAAGGGGAAAAAGGACUUAAUGUUUUAUAUCAUCAGUCCUAAGGGGCAAACUUCUGUUUUAUUGUUUCAGAUUUUCAGAAUUUUAAUUUUGGAAUAUGGCUAAUGAAGUUCCAAUUAUCUAUGUACAAACUGGACUGUAAUUGAGCUAAACAUAGGUACAGUCCAGUGGCAACCAAGUUCCCAUCAAAUGCUUUAACAUUCAGUUGACUUAGAUUUCCAGAAAAGCAGAUGUAUUAGUCAGGUGUAGCAAAGUAGCAGAGUCUUCAGAACAGCUUAAAGACAAGAGUUCUUUUAUAAGGUAAGGUAUUGUGCGCCACUGUCAGUCUAUAAAUGUUUGUUCAAUAGUAGCUUUGUUAAUCUUUAAUGUGCCACAGGACUCUUGCUUGUUCAUUUCAGUGGAACUUAGCCCCAACUGAUUAUUGGAUUAUUCUCAACAGAAAUAAGUAUUUCAGUUUUGGGCCUGCUACAACCAUUUCAAAUGUAUCUGGCAGGAAUAUAUUUUGUUGUCAUUUCUCAUUCUUAAAUGUCUUUUUAAAUUUGUUAAUAUUUAGUUUAAUAUUCAAUGCUAAUUAAGCCAAAAUCAAUGAAUUUAGGGCACUGAAGUGUUAAGAGCAUUGUCUAAUCCAAAGUAAACAGCUUUGGAAUGCCACUGAUUUUCAGGGGAAAAGUUUUGUGUAGUGUGUGCAGUAUAGCCAAAUAUAAAUGUUUCCUCAAGUUCUGUUUUGUUCUGGCCUAGCUUGACAAUAAUACAUAAAUCUGGAGCUUUAUGUUUUCCUUUUGAAACAUUAAGACUAAGUGCAAUCCCAUGCAUCCUUUCCUGAAAGUAAGUCCCUGGAGAAUUUACUGCAGUUUAUUUCUGCAUAGACUGCAUAGGGCUGUAUUGUAACAUUAUAGUUCUAUACACAUGGAGGUAAGGUCCAUCCAACUUAGUUGGAAUUACAAAUAACAAACCUAAUGUUGGAGUUUAAAGUGUUCAGAUUUUAAAGGUGAUUAGAUUUCAGUUUUCUUAUAUGGCAUUGGCAUGUUUACUUCUGAUUUUGAAGAACUGAAUGUAACGUGAAAUGUAAAUGAGUUUUAUUACAUGAGGGAAUGGCUCAGUUUCUGUAUAAAAAUACUAUUUUAAAAUAGUUUCUUAAAUAAUUUUUAGACUUACAGUAGCUACAAGAAUAGAAUUAAAGAACUUUUCAAAAACCCUUCUAAAAUACCCUCCAAAUAUAGAGCAGGCAGUGAGGCCAUGAAGCUAUUGAAUAUUGAAUGAUUGGCAUAUUCUAAAUUUUUUUGGCUACAUGUGGAUGCCUUUCACAGUCUGACAUUUAAUGGGUCUUCUUACGAUGUCAAUACUUAUGGACACCUGCUGGUAGGAUUUGUUAUAUCCCAAAACAAAGUGAUCUUGCUCUAUUUAAAUAAAAGAAAUUG